GGUUCAGAGAUGGUGUACACCAACACCCUGCGAAGUGUACGCAACACUGUCAUCAGUCGGCAGCCCACCCUGAUUUUGUCGCUCGCCUGCCGUUUCCCCGGCGUCGAGGCCAAGAGCCCGCGGUAUACCAUCAAUAUGCCGUCGGAGCAGGAGACCUUCGGCAUCGUCAAGUUCUGGUUGGAGUUCUACCGGCCUGGGGAGGGGCCCAUGGCUAACAGAACUAAAAUCCCCAAGUUCCGCCACCUCCUCCCUUUCUCGCAGCGUGUCCGCCGAGAGACGUCGGUCCGCACCGCGAGCAGGCUGGACACACUGGACCUGCAUGUGUUCUCCAACACCUCUCUGGACAGGGCAGAGCUGAUGGUGGACAAGUGCAUGGAGUCCGAGACAGAAGACAUGACUGACAGCCUCUGUAUCCUAGAUCAGGGGUGUUCAGCUGGAAAUGGAACCCUGGAGAUUCUGACAUCAACCUCCACUGUCAGGGUAUACCGAAUCAACCUGAGCACUAUCAAAACUAAAGGAACCACGGUGUGUCUUUCUGGCCAUGUAUCUCUCUUCAGGGAUAUGAAGGGUGCUCCCAUUUGUCUCUCAGGCAUCCGGAACCGCCAACAUGACUAUCCAGUUGAGCUAAAGCCCAGGGACUAAAAAUAGACUAACUAGCGCCUAUAUCACAUAC